GCAUUCCGCCGCCCGCAGGCUUGCGGGGAAACUUCCUUAUUAUUGUGACGCCGAAAAAGGAGAAACCCCGCGCGCGGCCGGAGGGGCUGUGACCGCCGGAACCCCGCGCUGCGGUUCGAAGGCUGCCGAGGCUACAUGACUCCCUGAAGGAGACGAACAAUGUUAUGUUGGGGCUAUUGGUCUCUGGGCCAACCAGGAAUCGGCACGAACCUGCAAAGAAUUGUGGCUGAGCCACAGGUGUGCGGAUUUGUAUCAGACAGAAGCGUCAAGGAAGUGGCCUGUGGAGGAAACCACUCCGUGUUCCUGCUGGAGGACGGGGAGGUCUACACGUGCGGCCUGAACACCAAGGGCCAGCUGGGCCACGAGAGGGAAGGCAACAAGCCAGAACAAAUUGGAGCUUUGGCAGACCAGCACAUCAUUCAUGUGGCCUGUGGCGAGUCCCACAGUCUGGCCCUCAGUGACCGGGGCCAGCUGUUUUCUUGGGGUGCCGGGAGUGAUGGUCAAUUAGGUCUCAUGACAACUGAGGAUUCUGUGGCGGUGCCCAGGUUAAUACAGAAGCUGAACCAGCAGACCAUAUUACAAGUUUCCUGUGGCAACUGGCAUUGUUUGGCUCUUGCAGCUGAUGGCCAGUUCUUCACCUGGGGCAAGAACAGCCACGGGCAGCUGGGUCUAGGAAAGGAGUUCCCCUCCCAAGCCAGCCCCCAGAGGGUGCGCUCCCUGGAGGGGAUCCCGCUGGCACAGGUGGCUGCCGGAGGGGCUCACAGCUUUGCCCUGUCUCUCUCAGGAGCCGUUUUUGGCUGGGGGAUGAAUAAUGCAGGGCAGCUAGGGCUCAGUGAUAAAAAAGAUCGAGAGUCCCCGUGCCAUGUGAAACUCUUACGAACACAGAAGGUUGUCUAUAUUAGUUGUGGAGAAGAACACACAGCCGUCCUCACAAAGAGUGGAGGUGUGUUUACCUUUGGUGCUGGAUACUGUGGGCAGCUCGGACAUGACUCCAUGAAUGAUGAGGUGAAUCCCAGAAGAGUUCUAGAGCUGAUGGGCAGUGAAGUUACUCAGAUUGCCUGUGGCCGACAACACACCCUAGCCUUCGUGCCUUCUUCCGGACUCAUCUAUGCAUUUGGCUGUGGAGCAAGAGGCCAGCUGGGAACUGGACACAAUUGUAACGUGAAGUGCCCGUCUCCUGUGAAGGGGCACUGGGCUGCGCACAGCGGCCAGCUUUCAGCCCGAGCUGAUCGAUUUAAAUACCAUAUUGUUAAGCAGAUCUUCUCCGGAGGAGACCAAACUUUUGUACUUUGCUCCAAAUAUGAGAGUUCUUCUCCUGCUGUUGACUUCAGAACCAUGAGCCAAGCACAUUAUACCAGUUUAAUAAAUGAUGAAACCAUAGCAGUUUGGAGACAAAAACUCUCAGAACACAACAAUGCAAAUACAAUCAAUGGUGUUGUCCAGAUAUUAUCUUCUGCAGCCUGUUGGAAUGGAAGUUUUCUUGAAAAAAAAAUUGAUGAACAUUUUAAAACAAGUCCGAAAAUCCCUGGGAUUGACCUGAACUCAACUAGAGUGUUAUUUGAGAAGUUAAUGAACUCUCAGCAUGCCAUGAUUCUAGAACAGAUCUUAAACAGCUUUCAAAGUUGUCUGAUUCCUCAGUUGUCAAGUUCACCACCAGAUGUCGAAGCCAUGAGGAUCUAUUUAAUACUCCCUGAAUUUCCCCUGCUCCAAGAUUCCAAGUAUUACAUAUCGCUGACUAUUCCCUUGGCAAUGGCCAUUCUGCGGCUGGAUACAAACCCCAGCAAAGUAUUAGAUAACUGGUGGUCUCAGGUAUGCCCAAAAUAUUUCAUGAAGCUGGUAAACCUCUAUAAAGGUGCAGCCCUUUAUCUCCUGAGGGGAAGGAAGACGUUCUUACUUCCUGCACUGUUUGACAAUUACAUCACAGCAGCUCUCAAGCUCUUGGAGAAGUUAUACAAGGUAAAUCUUAAGGUGAAGCACGUGGAAUAUGAUACAUUUUACAUUCCUGAGAUUUCUAACCUUGUGGACAUUCAGGAAGACUACCUCAUGUGGUUCUUGCAUCAAGCGGGAAUGAAAGCUAGACCAUCUAUAAUACAGGAUGCUGUAACACUAUGCGCCUACCCUUUCAUCUUUGAUGCCCAAGCCAAGACCAAAAUGCUACAGACUGAUGCUGAAUUACAGAUGCAGGUGGCCGUCAACGGCGCCAACCUGCAGAAUGUCUUCAUGCUUCUCACCCUGGAGCCUCUGCUGGCCAGAAGCCCCUUCCUGGUCCUUCAUGUUCGCCGGGACAACCUCGUUGGAGACGCCCUGAGAGAGCUGAGCAUUCAUUCUGAUAUUGACUUGAAAAAGCCUCUCAAAGUAAUCUUUGACGGGGAGGAAGCGGUGGAUGCUGGCGGCGUCACCAAGGAGUUCUUUCUUCUGCUGUUGAAAGAACUUUUGAAUCCCAUCUAUGGGAUGUUUACGUACUAUCAGGACUCAAAUCUCUUGUGGUUUUCAGAUACAUGUUUUGUAGAACAUAACUGGUUUCACUUGAUUGGCAUAACCUGUGGACUGGCCAUCUACAACUCCACCGUGGUAGACCUCCACUUCCCCUUGGCUCUCUACAAGAAGUUACUGAACGUAAAGCCUGGCUUGGAAGACUUAAAGGAGCUGUCCCCUACUGAAGGAAGAAGCCUUCAAGAGCUUUUAGAUUACCCUGGCGAGGACAUCGAGGAGACUUUCUGCCUCAACUUCACGAUCUGCCGAGAAAGCUAUGGAGUGGUUGAACAGAAGAAGCUGAUUCCUGGGGGCGACGGGGUGCCCGUGUGUAAGGGUAACAGGCAGGAAUUUGUGGAUGCCUAUGUGAAUUAUGUCUUCCAAGUCUCCAUUCAUGAAUGGUACACAGCCUUCUCUAGCGGCUUCCUCAAGGUGUGCGGUGGCAAAGUCCUUGAGCUCUUCCAGCCUUCGGAGCUGCGGGCCAUGAUGGUGGGGAACAGCAACUACAACUGGGGCGAGCUACAAGAGACGGCCAUCUAUAAGGGUGAUUACUCAGCCACACAUCCCACUGUGAAACUAUUCUGGGAAACAUUUCAUGAGUUUCCACUGGAGAAGAAGAAGAAGUUUCUCUUGUUCCUUACUGGCAGCGACCGGAUUCCCAUCUACGGCAUGGCCAGUCUGCAGAUUGUCAUCCAGUCCACAGCCAGCGGGGAGGAGUACUUUCCUGUGGCCCACACCUGCUACAACCUGCUCGACCUCCCUAAGUACAGCAGCAAAGAGAUUCUGAGGGCUCGGCUCACCCAGGCCCUUGACAACUAUGAGGGUUUUAGUUUGGCCUGAGGUUCCCCAGCGUGCCAUAGGUGUCCCUCCCGUCCUUCCUCGGGACCCACACGAGGCCCAGUCAGAAUACCGUGGGGAAUGGUCUCUAUUUUUUUAUUAUCUAAGUGGGUUGGGACUGGUAGAUGUGUUUCCAGGUCCAGGGUUCUAAGUAGUAUACAGCCUUUAUGAAAAGUCAGGGGUUGGGGUGUAAAAUUGGCUCUGGUCUAGGAGGUGGUUUGAUGUGUUUUAUUUUUGUUUUAAACCCAGUUAUCCCAGUGUCCCUUGCACCUGUGAUUGUGUUGCAGUAUGCUGGAAAAACAAAACAAAACACAAAAGUGGCAGUAGAUUUUUAAACUUCGAUUUCUUAAGUGCUACCCUGACCUUUCCCCAUAAUGCCUCCUUGUCCCCAGAACUUCCCAUUCCUCUACCAGAAUGACUUUGCCUGACCUGUCCUCCUUACCUGUGCAUGCGGAUCGUCUCUUUUCAGCCCAGCCUGGGAAGCACCCUGGCUGAUUUCAGCCCCUCUAAGCCAAGGAAGAAAGGACUACUUCAGAAACUUCCACUUCCAAACAAGUGGAGUGGGGCCCAUUAUUUUGGUGGAGCUGUGGAGCAUUUCUUAGAGCUUUUACGAGCACGUCCUGUUUAAAAGAAAUAACAAAAGUUCUGGAGGUAAUAGCAACCUUCCGUGGCUGUGCCCACUUCCUAGGCCUCCGUGAAGAUACGCAGUACAGAGUGGGAUUGCUUUUGGACUCAAUUCUCUUCUUUUGCUCAGCCACACCCCUAUGGCAAGGUGGCGAAUCAAUUAUCCUCCGUUUCUAAGCUAGUUGCAUUGACUUCUAAAGAGUGUCUUGCCCAAGGAAAGUUAGGAAUAAAACGUUUCCAUCCCCUUUCUCCAUUGUUCCAUGUUUGCUACCAUGUGCCCUCUCUACCCUGUCUCUUGUUUCCUGCCCUCCUUCCCAUCUUACUUUAUUUCCUUUCUUCUUUACUUCAUUCUGUUCAUUGUUACUUGAUUUCUCAGAUGCAUGCUAUGUGUUUUUUUU